CCUUUAUAUUUCACACUCUUACACCCUUUCCUCACGCUAAAAGGACUGUUCAUCCGUACAUCAUUUAUACCUUAUCUUCAUUCUAUUAAUGCCCAAACCUUCUCACCCACUUCUUUCAUUCUUCCAUUUUCUUCCACACCUAAAAAAUAUUUCCUUCUACCUCUCAUACUACAUCUUCUCACGCAACACAACACAACACCACUAUGGAGGAACUCAUCAUCUCCCCUUCCUCAUCCUCCUCUUUGGUCACUCUACCCCAUCAAAACCCAACACCAUCUAUUCAACAAAACCUCCAAUUUCUCCUUCAAACCCAACCCGAUUGGUGGGUCUACGCCAUUUUCUGGCAGGCUUCACACGACGACAAUGGUAACCUUUUCCUCUCCUUCGGAGAAGGUCAUUUCCAAGGCACCAAAGAAACUUCUCCAAAAUUCUCAACCCCCGUUUCCACCAAGAAGUUCCCCAAAACCCCCAGAACAGAAAACAUCAACGAUGCCGAGUGGUUCUACGUCAUGUCGUUGACUCGAACGUUUCCCGUCAACAAUUCUUCUUCUUCGACCUCUACCACUCCUUCCUCACUCCUUGGCAAAUCUUUUGCUCUGGGCUCUGUGCUGUGGCUCAAUAGCAAACACGAGCUCCAAUUCUACAAGUGCGAGAGAUCAAACGAGGCACAGUUGCACGGGAUCCAAACUUUGAUCUCCAUCCCCACACAAAACGGCGUCAUCGAAAUGGGAUCCUACGACAGCAUCAAACAAAACUGGAACCUCGUCCAUCACGUCAAGUCUCUCUUCCAACCCCUCCCAGAUCCGCUUCCCGUUCAACUCCUCAACGACCACACCAUCUCCUUCGCUGACAUCGGCGUCGUCGCCGGAAUCCAAGAAACCAAAAAGCGAAAACAAACCCAAACACCACCCAAAAGCCAAAAGGACAGCUACGUAGACUCCGAACACUCUGAUUCGGAUUGUCCAACGCUGCCAACCACCUCCACCCCGACAGCCUCGGAGCCCAAAAAACGUGGCAGAAAACCUGUUCUCGGCCGCGAGACACCAAUGAACCACGUGGAGGCUGAGCGGCAACGGAGGGAGAAGCUGAACCAUCGCUUCUACGCGCUACGCGCUGUGGUUCCGAAUGUUUCGAGGAUGGACAAGGCUUCGUUGUUGUCCGAUGCUGUCGCUUACAUCAACGAGCUCAAAGCGAAGAUUGAGUACUUGGAAUCGCAGCAACAAAGAGAGGGUAAUAAAAGAGUGAAGACAGAAAUGAUGGAUACCAUGGAUAAUCAGAGCACCGCCACUACGUCCACCAUCGUAGACCAAGGGAGACCUGGUCCUGGAGGCCCAUGCCCAUUGGGUCUCGAGAUCGAUGUGAAGAUCGUGGGGCCUGAUGCCAUGGUGAGGGUGCAAUCCGAAAAUGCGAACCACCCCGGGGCGAGGCUAAUGGGUGCACUGAGAGACCUAGAGUUCCAGGUUCAUCACGCUAGCAUGUCGUGCGUCAACGAUCUCAUGCUUCAGGACGUGGUGAUCAAUGUCCCUGAUGGAAUGAGGAGCGAAGAGAGUCUUAAAUCUGCCAUUCUCAUGAGGUUGGAUCAGUGACAGUGCCCAGAUUUUUACCGUAAGAAUAGUAGCUGUAACUGUACGAUGUUGCUGUUCAUAGUAUAGUAUAGUUGGUUCCUGGUUUGCGUUAGAAUAAUGAUUAAAGCUUUAAAUUAAAAAAAAAAAAAACUAUCUUUUCUUUUUGUCGUGCAUGGUGCUUGAUGACGGUGGGGUUGGCUCCAACCUUCAAUUAUGUGAUUGAGAUGCUGAUCAGGGAAUCUAAGGAGCCUGUCGUUUAUGUGAACCACUGUGUUUUGUAUAUAUAUCCUUUCGGAUUUUGAAGUUGAAGACAAACAUUAGUAGAGAAAUGUGGUCACCAUCUUGUUUAUGAUUU